UCGCACCCAAGCACACAAGGCACACCCUAUCGUGACAAGCCCCAUCAAAGUCGUCUGCGUCUUUCUUCUUCAUCCUCACACUCACUCUCUUCCAUCUCCAAUGUGCACUCCAUUUCCAAUUCCCUAACGAAACCUGAAACCCUCCUCAUUACUUUCACAAAAUCAAUGGCGGAUCUACAAUCUCCACCUCCUCCUCGGUCCCCCACCGACCUCUUCGGCGACCCCAUCGACUCCCACCCUCUCUGGUUCAACCAAUCCUCCUUCCUCCUCCCCACCUUCGACUCCGAAUCCUACAUCUCCGAUCUCCGUACCUUCGUCCCCUUCGAAACCCUCCGAUUCGAGCUCCAAUCCCACCUCUCCUCCCUCAAGCACGAGCUCCUCGACCUCAUCAAUCGCGAUUAUGCCGAUUUCGUCAAUCUCAGCACCAAGCUCGUCGAUGUUGAUGCUGCUGUCGUCAGAAUGCGGGCUCCGUUGUCUGAGAUCCGGGAGAAGAUUGUCGUGUUUCGGGCUGCUGUUGAGGGAUCGCUUUUGGCGCUGCAGAGUGGGUUGAGGCAGCGCGCGGAGGCGGCAGCGGCCAGGGAGGUUUUGGAGUUGUUGCUUGAUACGUUUCAUGUUGUGUCUAAGGUUGAGAAAUUGAUAAAGGAGCUGCCUAGUAUGCUCGCUGAUUUGUCCAAUGGAGAUCUAAAUUCUGCAGAAAAGGAUCAUUUAAGCAAUGGAAUCUCUUUUCAACACACUGAAAAUGGAACAAAUCCCAGGGAGGCUCAAAGCAUGCUUUUGGAGAGAAUCGCCAGUGAAAUGAAUCGGCUAAAGUUCUACAUCACUCAUGCAGAGAACCUGCCUUUCAUUGAGAACAUGGCGAAGAGGAUACAGAAUGCUAGCCUAUUGUUGGAUGCUAGCUUGGGGCAUUGUUUCAUAGAUGGACUGCAAAACAGGGAUGAGAAUGCAAUAUACAAUUGCUUACGUGCAUAUGCAGCCAUUGAUAACACCAGGAAUGCUGAAGAAAUUUUUCGCUCAACUGUUGUGGCUCCACUGAUUCAGAAAACUAUUCCACACAAUUCACUGGGGAUGGUUGGUGGGGCAUCUGGAGAUGAACUCGAAGAGGAUUAUAAACAAAUAAAGCAAUAUAUAGAGAAAGAUUGUAAAUUUUUACUGGAAAUUUCCUCUACUGAAAAUUCAGGUUUGCAUGUAUUUAGCUUCUUGGCCAAUUCAAUCCUUAAAGAGGUUCUCUCAGCAAUCCAAAAGGGAAAACCAGGGGCCUUUUCUCCUGGAAGACCUACAGCAUUCUUGAAAAAUUACAAAUCAAGCCUAGAUUUCUUGGGUCAUUUAGAAGGUUAUUGUCCAUCCAGAUCUGCUGUUGCCAAAUUUCGGGCUGAGGCUGUGUACAUUGAUUUCAUCAGGCAGUGGAAUGUUGGGGUCUAUUUCUCGCUGAGAUUCCAGGAAAUUGCUGGGGCUUUAGAUUCUGCACUGACAGUUACUAGUCUUGUCCCAAUUCAAAACUCACAUAAGGGCGGGGAACAUUCUCAAGAUUUAACAUUGAAACCAAGUGUUACACUUUUGGACUGCUUGAGAUCCUGCUGGAGAGAAGACGUUCUUGUCCUUUCUUGCUCUGACAAGUUCCUUCGCUUGUCAUUGCAACUUAUUUCUAGGUACUCCAAUUGGUUGUCAGCUGGAUUGGCUGCUCGCAAAGCUGGUAAUGCAGGCUCCUACCCUGGAUCUGAAUGGGCUAUAUCUUCUGUCCCAGAAGAUUUUGUUUAUAUAAUUUAUGAUUUAAAUUGUCUGGUGGCGGAGGUUUCUGGUGACUUCCUGGGACAUGUAUCCGAGCUACUUAGCUCAUGCUCCACCGAAGUCCUUGAUCUUGUAAAGCAAAGCAUUUUACAGGGUGGAAAAUCUCUGAAGGAUCUUAUACCCCCAGUGAUGAAUUCAAUAAUAGGAACAGUAGUUGAGAAGUCUGUGGAGGACUUGAGACAACUGAAGGGAAUAACCGCGACUUACAGGAUGACUAAUAAGCCUCUUCCUGUUAGGCAUUCACCAUACGUGUCAGGCGUACUGCGUCCUUUGAAGGCGUUUUUGGAAGGAGAGCGAGCCACCACAUAUUUGACGAGGGAAAAUAGGAAUGAACUCUUACAAGGUGCUGCGUUUGAGAUAACCGGUCGUUAUCAUGAAUUAGCUGCCGACCUUGUUAGUGUGACUAGGAAAACAGAAUCUUCACUUCAGAGAAUACGACAGACUGCACAAAGGCGAGCUGGAGCAAGCUCAGAUGUCUCUGACAAUAAUGUGUCUGAUACUGACAAGAUCUGUAUGCAACUAUUUCUUGAUAUUCAGGAAUACGGGCGCAACCUAUCUGACCUCGGGGUUGAAGCAGCCAAAAUUCCAGCAUAUUGUUCCUUGUGGCAGUGUGUUGCUCCCCCAGGCCGGCAAAAUACAAUAAGUUUCUAGUUUUAAUCAUUGGGCCGCCAUUUUAUCGAGCCACUAGGAAAGAUGCAUUUGGCAGUGAGCAAUGGAGCAUUUGGUAGCGAAGUGGUACAUAGAUAUACCAUUUUCUUUUCCUAUAAAUUUAUUUUUUAUAGGCAGUCUUCUUGUGCAAUACACUUUUUUUGGUUUGGUUUUAUUUUCAGUAGUUUCGUCUUGAUAUUCGGCCUUUGUUUUUUUUGGUCCAAUUAUUCAGAGUUAAAUACACAGUUGGUGUAGUUUGUUAUAAA